CGGUAGACUGUCUCGUAACUGGGUGACGUCAGCUCUAACCAUCGACGAUGAAAUGUGCAGGUGAAUACGGGAUAAACACAUGAACCAAAAGCAAGAAGGGAGGAGAGCAAAAUUAUCUGGCGAACAUGAUUUCUGAAUGGUGGGAUGAAGAUAUAUUUACGGAUAAAUGGCGUGCUAUGCUAUCGCACUUAACCGAUAUAGCUGCAUCAGGAGGUAUAGCCUAAAUCGCCUAUCAAAUAAUAACGUGAUGUCUCUCUUGCGACUUAUUUCCUCCCAUCAUUGUUCCCCCGCUCGAUAGUCCAUGUUGGCGCCAAUGGAGUGACCCAAUGGAACUACUAUAGAGAAGGCUACUAUGGAGAAGUAGGCUAGGCGACAGCAAUGAAUUAACAAUACACCCACAUGUGGCACUGGUGACUUAACGGACACCCGAGAAACAACACCUGAAAAUAGUUUUUUUUUUUCACUGUCCUGCGAUCGUGUGACAAGACCCGUAGGACAGGAUCGAAUCAAGCCGUUGGGGCAAUGGUAGGAGGUGCGGUAAUAACCUGUCAGGAGGGAUGCUUCAUGCUCGAAGACGUUUGCUUUUGGAGGAUCGUAUUCAUACAUGGGGCUUGAGUUGUCAUGCGGGGCGGUCCCGACUCUGGACCCCCUGAUUGUCGGAGUCUCGGACAGAUCCCGAUGCUCACGGUCAAAUCGUAGCUCGUGAGGAACAAAAUAAUGCCUGCGGUGAACGUUACCGGAGAAGCGCCCUUACUGAACGGGGGCAGAAGAGAAGAGCAGCGUCCCUGUAAACAGUCCCUUCCUGGGUCCCUAUGCCGAGAGUCCCACUGGAAGUGCCUGCUCCUCACGCUUCUGAUGUUCGGCUGUUUCGCCACGCUGGGAUGGUGCUCCUUCUCCCGUGUCACCGUCAUGGCUGUCGAUGAACACGGCCUCUACUACGGCGUCCGCGCCCGCCUCUACCAUGACAGCCCCUGCUCCAACGGCUACGUCUACAUCCCGGUGGCCUUCCUGAUCAUGCUGUAUCUGGUCUACCUGGUGGAGUGCUGGCACUGCUUCUCUAAAACAUCCUCUCUGGCCCGGGUGAGGAUCAGCAAGGUGUACAACAGGGUCCAGAGGCUGCAGCAGGCCAUGCCCUGUAUCUGGUGGAAGGCCAUCAGCUAUCACUAUGUGAGACGGACACGGCAGGUGACUCGAUACCGAAAUGGUGACGCUUACACCACCACACAGGUGUACCAUGAGCGGGUCAACACACACGCAGCUAGCUCUGAAUUUGACUACAGCCAACAUGGUGUAAAGGACGUAUCCAAGGAGCUGCUUGGCCUUCUGGAGCACCCGGCUGUACGCCUUCGUUUCACCAAGUGUUUCAGCUUUGCCAGUGCCCGUGCCGAGGCCGCCUACCUCACUCAGCGCGCACGCUUCUUCGCAGAGAACGAGGGUCUGGAUGACUACAUGGAGGCACGGGAGGGCAUGCACUUGAAGAACGUGGACUUCCGUGAGCACAUGCUGGCCUUUCCUGACCCGGCGUGGCCGCCCUGGUUCUCUCGGCGGCGCAUGUAUUGGCUGAUCUCAGCCCUGAUGUUGUCCUGGCCAUUACGUGUGGUGUCGGAGUACCGUACGGCGUAUGUUCACUACCAUGUGGAGAAGCUGUUUGGUGAGAACGAGGAAGUCAAUGACAAUGACAGCACUGAGAUGGGCAACUACCGCUCAGGCCAGGAGAAUGGGCAACGCGGUGGCCCCAGAUUACGUGUCAUAUCGAGGGUCAACACUGUGGACAUCACUGAACUGGAGUGGCACAUUCGCUGUAACCAGCAGAUGGUGCCCAGUUACUCUGAGGCCUUGCUGAUGGAUCUGAACACCAACAACACAUCUUCUCCCUCUGCGUUUACCGGGGCAACACAUGUCCCUAUGAGACGGAGCUCCAGCUACGUCCUACAGAGCUGCCCACGCUGCUGCAGGUCCACCAGCAGCUCCUCGCUCCCCUCGCGAGUCAGGGGAAAUGUGGUAAUGGGGGCAGGAUCUUUGACAUAUGGGACAGUGGGAAGGAUGGGAGGAGGAAGGUUAGCCCUCAGCCGCAGUGGAUUAUCUCUGGGCCGUUUGCACACGAUGCGCCAGGCCUGCCUGUUUCACUCCCGGAGCCUUGGUGCAGGGAUGGGGAGUAGAGGGGAUGAAGGUGGUGGGUUUCUGGGACUGGGCCUCCGCCGGGCUAAUGAAGAAAGCAGAGGGGUCCUGGAGUCAGAAGGAUAUGAAGAGGACGAGAAUAGUCUGCAGCUAGAGGAGGAUAGAGAGCAGGAACUAGAGAGAGUGAGGACCGAGAUCAUGCAGGGAGUGGCCUGUGUGACAGAGACACCACCAGCUUAUCAGGAAGCUCUCCACUUGCCUGUGUUGAUUGUCCAUGGUGAGGAGAGCUGCCAUGGAGGGGAGGACCUUGACGCAGGAUAGUCACUGUGAUUGGCAAAGGUCAUGUACAGUAGAGCAGAUAUGCAAAUCGGCUCAGGAUGAUGCAAGAAAUUAGAGAGAGGAGAGGAGAAGAAAACAGGGACGGAGGAAGAAUAUGUGGCGAUAUCGAAAGGGUUGUUAAAGAGAGGGGUAAGGAAGGAGAAAGAAAACAAAUGGAAAAAUCAUGGUUUCCAGACCUGCGAGAAAGCAGUACUGUAUGUGAAAAAUGUGUAGGGAAACAAAACUAUUGUGUCACAGUAGAUUAAAUGACAGUUAUGUAGUUGCUCUUCCUUAAGAGACUGUAAUAUCUGUGUCCCAUUGUCCACAAUGAACAACAAUCGCUUUGUAUCUUUGUUCAUGAAUGUAUGGAAGUAUCAAGGAGCUGCUGAGUUAGCACUUAACAUCAGGAGUAGUUCAUUUUUCACCAAGCUAUUAGAUUCAUUCAAGGGGCACUGUAUAACUUGUAAACUUACAGAACUCCCUGUUAGAUGCGGAGCAAAACUCUAAUGCCAAUAAAAAAAUAAGCAAUUACCAUUCCACAAAGUGAGUAUUACCAUUCCACAAAGAGAGUAUUACCAUUCCACAAAGAGAGUAUUACCAUUCCACAAAGAGAGUAUUACCAUUCCACAAAGAGAAUAUUACCAUUCCACAAAGAGAGUAUUACCAUUCCACAAAGAGAGUAUUACCAUUCCACAAAGAGAGUAUUACCAUUCCACAAAGAGAGUAUUACCAUUCCACAAAGAGAGUAUUACCAUUCCACAAAGAGAGUAUUACCAUUCCACAAAGAGAGUAUUACCAUUCCACAAAGAGAGUAUUACCAUUCCACAAAGAGAGUAGUACCAUUCCACAAAGAGAGUAUUACCAAUCCACAAAGAGAGUAUUACCAUUCCACAAAGAGAGUAGUACCAUGCCACAAAGAGAGUAUUACAAUUCCACAAAGAGAGUAUUACCAUUCCACAAAGAGAGUAUUACCAUUCCACAAAGAGAGUAGUACCAUUCCACAAAGAGAGUAUUACCAUUCCACAAAGAGAAUAUUACCAUUCCACAAAGAGAGUAUUACCAUUCCACAAAGAGAGUAUUACCAUUCCACAAAGAGAGUAUUACCAUUCCACAAAGAGAGUAGUACCAUUCCACAAAGAGAGUAUUACCAUUCCACAAAGAGUAUUACCAUUCCACAAAGAGAGUAUUACCAUUCCACAAAGAGAGUAGUACCAUUCCACAAAGAGAGUAGUACCAUUCCACAAAGAGAGUAUUACCAUUCCACAAAGAGAGUAGUACCAUUCCACAAAGAGAGUAUUACCAUUCCACAAAGAGAGUAUUACCAUUCCACAAAGAGAAUAUUACCAUUCCACAAAGAGAGUAUUACCAUUCCACAAAGAGAGUAUUACCAUUCCACAAAGAGAGUAUUGUAAUAAGAUUUGAUAUUACUUUUAGAUGUAAAACAAAUAAUCAAUUUAGCCAAUACACUAGUAGUGAUGAGGCUUGUCACCUACUCGCCUUCCUCGAGAACAUGCCCGAUCGAGAGGCCAACAAUAUUGUCCAAGAUAUGACCUCAGAGAUAUAGUAAAUCAUAUUUUAAGAGUUAAGUGCACAAUUAUCCCAUUUUAUGCUUUUAAGAUUAUCUCUUUAAUAAAUAAAAAAUCCCUCUCAGCAAUUUGCCCUUCAGCACAAUUCAAAAGGGGUUUUCCCAUGUCUCAGUUCUGCCCACUGUUGUAAUUAUACAUCAUGAUCAAGUAUGGAUUUAAUGCAGUAGAGUACAUACUCACACUAACACUCACACUACCCCAACCCCCCACCCCUCGCUCAGCUGAUGCCAUUAGGAGCACCAUCUGUGAUCGAUGCUCGGAAGGCUUGGGACCAGAGCCAAAAACUGAGCAUGCGAAGACACACUUCUAUACAUCAGCAUACACACAUGCCAGUAGGUGCACAAAUUAUUCAGCACAAUAAUAACAAUAAAGCGAUAAAUGGUAGUGAAUAUGGACCGACAUUUCAAAGAAUGUCCAUGUAAAAACAUUUACAAGUAUGAAGAUAUUGACACGGUUCGAGGACAGAGGUACCGAACCACUAAAUGUGUUGGGUGACUCAACUCAAUCCCAUCAACACUCUAAAACCCCACCUUAUCUUGAAAGAGUCCUGUAUGUAUUCAUUCUGCUGUAUCUAAUGUGUUACCAGUACAAAUUCUAAUUGUUGUUGAUGAACAUGAUGAUUAUGAUGGUGUUGGUGGUACAGAAGCACUAAUAAAGUAAGUCUGGAUAUAUCUACAUGUUCUGAUAAUAAUGCUCUCUAUAUUGACUGAGAAUCACAGUGCAAUCUAUUAUAAACUACCGGUGUAUAUGGUAAAUAACAUCUCCCUCUAGUGACAAGUACAGUAACUGUUUGAAAUAGCAUCAGGUCUACCGUUACUGUUGUAACCAGUGUUGUUGUACCUACAUAUUGUAACCAGAUUUAUAUAUAUAUAUUUUUUAAAGAAUUAGAAGUGUUGGUUUUGGUUCUCACUACAUCCAUGCAUGACUGCAAGCAAAGCAAAGCAACCAAUCUCAUUUCAUUUGGCUCCUACUCUCCCUACCCCUGACCCUAAGCUUGUUUUAAAGGGCUAAGCACCCGUCACAUUUCAUAUGACAAAUGAGAGUCUGCACAUCAACUGCAUGGGACUCUACCAGUAAUUGUUAAGUGUAGGUACAAACCAUUCAGGUGACGAGGAGAGAAGAAACUGCUGCAGCACAUGUUCCAUUUUCACACUGGUAAGUGGCCCUUCCAAAUUUAUAGACAUACAU